AUGUAAAAGAAAGAAACUUUGCAAAGUUUUCUUAAUAAUAUAGAAAAAUUUCCUCCUUUGAUGACGUUUGUUGGGAAUUAUUCAUAUGACUAUAAACUUAACAGCUCCUUCCAAAAUAAAUUAAGAUGGUAAAAUGAUUUAAAAAUAUGGAAGCUUGAAUACUCAUAAUCAGUAAUUAAACUAAUGAAUUCUACUUCUUAUUAGAAAGAAUAGUCUUCUCAUAUAAAUAAAUCAACUGCCUUAAGUAAUUAAUAAGAUUAAAAAAAGAUAAUUAAAAAGUAGUAAACUAUUAGUAGAUGGAAAAAUAAUGGAAAAAAAAAUUAAGACUACCAAGAUAUUAUUGGCUUCACUAGCAGCUUAUAAACAUAAUAUCAAAGUAUAAAAAAAACAUUAAAAUCAUCUAAAAAAUAAAAUUCUUUAUUUAGGACAACUUUUCUUAAUACAUUCCAAAAUACAGCAAAAGCAGAAUCAAACAAUCCUGUUAGUUCUAAAUAAGAAAUUAGUUUUUUUUUAUCAAAUGACAAUUUAAAUUGUUAAGACUCAAAUUAGAUGAGAUAAAUAAACUCAAAACCAAAACAAGAUAUAAUUUAGCUUAGCUUAGACAGUAUGCGCAAAUAAGAAGAUUUUAAGUAUGAUUCUAAUAUAUUAAAAUGUUAAUAAUAAUUACAAAUCUUGCCAAACGAAAAUUCCAACUUUUAAAAUGUAACCAAAACGAGCUAAAAUUAAAUAUGUUCAAAAUAAGAAAAUUAAUAAGAAAUUACUUAAAAUAUUAGCAAAUAAAUUAAAUAUUAAUAGCAAGUAGAUUAUUGCUAAGACUUAGAAAGCCUUGAUGGACAAAUAAAUGUAAUGCCCAUCUAAUAAAAAUUUCACUUAAAAUAAUGA